GUCUGCUUCCUGGUUAGAUUAGACGUAGCAUCACUGCCGUGUUUAGAUCCGCAGGUAGAUCUGAACACACUUAUUUCAUGUAUGUACGGUUGUUGGUCACUCAUGUCAACGUCUACGUGUACUCUAACUAGAAUGACGUUACAGCGGCGCCCCUUGCUGUCUUUGACGUCAUAUGUAGGCUAAACUAAGUUAGUGUGCUAACUCAGCGUUAGCGCAGCUAGCGGGUAGUUGCGUCGUUUGCCAUUUUUACAAGAUGUAUACUUUAUUAUCUGGAUUAUAUAAGUACAUGUUCCAGAAGGAUGAAUACUGCGUGUUGAUCCUGGGACUGGAUAAUGCCGGGAAAACGACCUUCCUGGAACAAACCAAGACAAAGUUCAGUAAGAACUACAAGGGAAUGAAUUUGUCAAAGAUCACGACUACAGUUGGUUUGAACAUUGGAACAAUCGAUGUGGGAAAAGCUCGUCUAAUGUUCUGGGAUCUGGGCGGUCAGGAGGAGCUUCAGUCUCUGUGGGACAAAUACUACGCUGAGUCCCAUGGAGUGAUCUAUGUGAUAGAUUCCACUGAUGAAGAGCGCCUGUCAGAAUCUAAGGAGGCCUUUGAGAAAAUGAUCAGCAGCGAGGCUCUGGAAGGCGUUCCUCUCCUGGUGCUCGCCAACAAGCAAGACGUACCGAACUGUCUGUCAGUGCCGGACAUUAAAACAGCCUUCAGUGACUGUGCCCCGAAGAUCGGCAAGCGAGACUGUUUAGUCCAGCCGUGUACGGCCCUCACAGGGGACGGAGUGAACGAAGGCAUUGAGUGGAUGGUGAAGUGUGUGGUCAGGAACAUCCACCGGCCGCCCAGACAGAAGGACAUCACAUAAUCAGAACUAUCAUCACCUCCUGGUUGUGAUCUUGGACUGGAACUUUCUCCUUGAGGACACUCCAUGUAAACCCUGGAGCUGAUGACUCUCCUAGUGUUUCCUGUGACGUUGAAUGGUUUGGAUUUCUACUUUUAGAGUGCAGCAGUAUUUUAUCACCAAGCAUAACUUCAGAUCUGCCUCUUUGCACUUGUGGUUUCUUCUGCUUCUUCAGACUGAGCUGCUGCCUGGAUCAUUGCUGCCUCUACAAACCUUCACUGACACCUUCUCACAUAAAAUAUACACAGCUGUCAUGAAGCGGUUCCUGUUUUUUAUCUAAUUCGUGGAGCAAUGUUAAGUUCACGUUUAUAGUUGAAUUGGAAAGUAAAUUAUCCUCUUGUGUCAGCAAAUAAUAAUACUGCAGCAGCAGCUGUGUUUCAGACAGAAACAGAACCUUUUAGAGUGUGUUGGUGGAAACAGCGUUUACACUUCAGGUGGUUGGUCAAUCUUUUAAUGUUUUUCACUACGUCUGCUCAUUAGCUGUCACACAUCAACAUUUUAACCUGUCUGUCCCUUUCCAGCAUUCAGCGUUUGGUUUGACCCUUUGUGCUGUUUGUGUUCCUCUAAACAAGUGGAGACCACUUCCACCUUGUCCUGUGGCUUCAGCACUGUUUCUGUGACUCUGUGAGGUCAAUCAGGACACGACUCUAACCCCAUGUAACACAAUACAGCAUCUAACCCUGUAACUACACAGAGCCUCUGCUGGCAGGUAGAACAGAAGGGAUGUUAGUAGUUUUAACCCACAUGGAAAUGAGAAUACCAGCAUUAGCCAGAAACCAAAAGUAUGUAAAAAUACAUGUAUGUGUGAAUUAGUCCAUCAUUCUGAUCUGAAGUGAGACUGGAAUCAUCAUGGAGCUGAUUUGUUUGAGCUGCAGGAAGUAGAAGAGGCUCAAGUGGAGAGAGGAUGUUCUGGAGAAGGCCUCGGUGUACAGCUACAGCUUAGACUUUUUAAGGCAGGAAGGGAUUUUUUUUCAUGGAAAAAAACUCUAAAUACGUGACUUUGAUCAACAACAGCAGUUUGAUUCUCCACAGAGCAAGGAUUCUGUUUUUACUUGUCAACAUGUUUCAAGCUAUCGUAGAGUAAUAUUAUGGAUUUACAGCUACAAUAACAUGAAUACCUGUUGGACAGAUGAGUAGAAAUCAAUCAGUCUGAUGAGUUUUCUGUUCUAGUGUCUUAAUAUUGAGAUCUAGAACUCCUGUGGUCCAUGUUUUGGAGGAAAAGGAGAAUAGCUACUUUACCUCCAGUGCUGUAUAUUAUUCUGUUUGUGUUGCUUUUCUCAGUGAAGCUCCAUGCAGGAACCCAACAGUCCUUCCAGAUGUGUGCUCUUGUCUUCAUCCUUUGGCCUCUGUAAAUUAUCCAUAGUUGGAUUUCUCAUUGAUUUUUUUUUGACUUACUCUGAAAAUGUUAAAAUGUAUAAUUUGUGGCGACACUACAGGUGACUGGGUAACUGGAUAUGAACUCCAUUAAGUGUGCUGAAUGGAUGUAUGAAGUACUUAAAACACUUCUGUCAGUCACAUGAACUGUGUUAAACAGGUUAUUAUAAUAAAACUCUCUGUUCAACAAA